AUGUUCCAGAUUUCCUUUCGAACGGCUCUACGACUAACGAUGAGUUCCUUGAACAAACUUUCCAUUGACAAGGUUCUGAUCAAUAUUUUUUCUGCAGUUGAAACUCUGAUAUUUCAGCUUGAUGUGAAAGGAAAACGCGUGCUCAUUCGCGUUGACUUUAACGUACCUUUGAAAGAAGGAAAAAUCACCAACAACCAGCGAAUUGUCGCAGCUCUCCCAUCAAUCGAGGUAUAUAUUUAUUUUCAAAACAAAUAGAAAUAGUCUGAAUUUUCAAAAAAUGAUUUUUUAUUUUCCAGCACGCGCUUAAAAAUGGUGCAAAGUCUGUAAUUUUGAUGUCACAUUUGGGACGUCCCGACGGUCGCCGACAGGACAAGUACACAUUAAAGCCGGUUGUAGAGGAGCUGAAAAAACUUCUCAACAAGUGAAAAAUCCCAAGAAGUAUUUAUUAUACAAUUAUCUACAGGGAUGUCGUUUUCUUCGAGGAAUGCGUCGGAGAUGAAGUCGUCAAGGGUUGCGAAACACAGCAGGACGGAACUGUCAUCCUCCUCGAGAACCUUCGUUAUCAUCUCGAGGAAGAAGGAAAAGGCGUCAAUGAGGCUGGAGAAAAGGUAUCCAACAGCUUUCAAGCAAGUUCUGAAAAAUGCAAUAAAUUUUUGAACGAAAUGAAUAACUGAAACGCAAAGUCGCUUGGUAGGAAACAAUUUUUUUUUAACCGAUUCAUCAUGGGCAAAAUCGCGCCUACACAAAAUAACAAUGUCUUUUUUUUUGGAAAUUGUAAAAAAAAUUAAAAUUUGUGUGAUUACGAUCUCACGGCAGCAAAAAAAUAAUGAUGAAAUAUGAUUGAAUGAACUAUUGCUGAAUUUGUACAAUUCCAGCUGAAAAAAAAAUUCAUUGGAAAAAAACUUGUUUAGGUGAAAGCCAAACCAGAAGACGUCGAAAAGUUCCGCGAAUCUCUCACCAAACUGGGAGACGUGUAUGUCAACGAUGCUUUUGGAACAGCCCAUCGUGCUCACAGGUCAGAAGAAUGCAACUACAGAUUAACUUUUGAUUUUCAGUUCUAUGGUGGGAGUCAAGCUGGACGAUCGAGCGUGUGGAUUCUUGAUGAAAAACGAGCUAAACUAUUUUGACAAGGUAUCGUCCUUUCUAUAAGGAAAAACAGUUUGAAAAAAAAACUACAGGCCUUAAAUAAUCCUGCGCGUCCCUUUUUGGCGAUUCUCGGAGGAGCCAAAGUUGCCGACAAGAUCCAACUCAUCAAAAAUAUGCUGGACAAGGUAUGUUUUUGAAACCUGAAAUAACAUCUGGAACAAAAUUACUCCAGGUGGACGAAAUGAUCAUUGGCGGUGGAAUGGCGUACACUUUCUUGAAGGUUGCCAACAAUGUCAAAAUUGGCAACUCAUUGUACGAUGAAGAAGUGGAACAAAAUCUCGUGUUUAUUAGUUUACAAAAAACUCUUGCAGGGAGCAAAAAUUGUGAACGAAUUGCUUGAAAAGGCCAAAGAAAAGAACGUGAAAAUUCACCUGCCUGUCGAUUUUGUCGUCGGCGAGAAGUUUGCCGAGGACACUUCUUCGAAAGUUGUUUCCGCCGAUGAAGGCGUUCCAGACGGUUAGUUUUAGGAAUAUUGACUAUAAGUUUGCUUAUUUCCAGGAUUCAUGGGUCUGGAUGUUGGACCGGAAUCUUCUAAGAAGUUUGCUGAAGCUAUCAGUCGCGCUAAAACUAUUGUUUGGAACGGACCAGCAGGAGUUUUUGAGUAAAAUACCAUUUUACUACCAUGGAAAACUCAUUUUUUAAGAUGGGAAAAAUUCGCAGAGGGAACCAAGUCCAUGAUGGACGCCGUUGUGAAAGCUACCGAGAGCGGAGCUAUCACAAUUAUUGGUGAUAUCCGUCUUCUGAAGUCUCAUUUAAAUUGAUCUUUUUCAGGUGGAGGUGACACAGCGACCGCUGCCAAGAAGUAUAAGACGGAGGACAAAGUCUCGCAUGUUUCGACCGGUGGAGGAGCCUCUCUUGAACUCCUUGAAGGUAAUUUCGUUAAUUGGGAACAUAGUAGUUUGAUCUAUUUGCAGGCAAAGUUCUUCCCGGUGUGGAUGCGCUCUCGCCCGCCAACUGA